AUGGGCUUCACCACAAGAGCGGCCGGCCUGCUCGGGCUCUUCUCUGUUGCGUUGGGGGCACCCGCUCCACAGGCCAGCGGCGCUCCUGCACCCGGGAACAAUGCCUGCGCCGCAGUAUCUCAGGCCCAGGCCCAACAAAUGACCGCCAACCCUCAAGUCGCAAGGGUACCGGCUUCAACAGCCUUCGCAUGCCUACAGUCCGUGCCGAACAAACCAGAGCCAGCGGCGAAGCUCAUCACCAGCCUCAAAGCUUACGUACAGUGGCAGAGUACGCUCGCAUGGCUCAAGGACCCUCCAACUUCUUAUAUGCUUGCGCCUACGGACAUCGAAGGUGGGCUUGAUGCCAUAGGGGCCAACGCCACGGCAGGAAGGUUCCAAAGCGAGUAUGAGUUUCAGACCGCGAUGGUCGAGUUGGUGGCAUCGGCGCACGACGGUCACUUCGCCAUUCGCCCGGAUAUGUUCAAAGCCUUCAGCUUCAGGAAUGACCUGGCCGCGGACAUUGUCUCUGUGUCUGUCGAUGGCAAGCAGGUGCCCAAGCUCUAUAAUCUUGGUGUUCUCAACGGCACAGCAUCCAUUGGAGGCACGAACCAGACAUCCGUCAACAGCACGAACGGGAUGCCCCCGGCGAUAACGAAGAUCAACGGCCAGGACGCAGCACAGCUUAUCGAGGCACAAGGCCUGAAGUUUAUCAACUUCCAGGAUCCCGACUCGCAGUGGAACUCACAGUUCCAACAGUAUGCCGUGCCCACAGCACGCACCGCACUGGCCUCGUCAAUUUUCUACCAGGGCGACUCGCUGACCCUCGAAUAUGACAACGGCCAGAAGGUGACGCAGGACAGCUACGCACUGAUCCGCCCAACAGCAGACUUCACGGGCGUGAACACCGGCGAGGACUUUUACCAAAAGUUCUGCAACCCCGCCGCGGUGGUUCCUGGGACAGGCAUGGGCGCCGCGCAGCCAACAACGCCUUCCCAACCGCAGCCGACCACGGCUCCUGGCACACGACAGCCGCCCGAGCCCGCCAUCCCCGGGUUCCCCAUGCCCGCGAUCCGCGACAGUGGCGCCAACAUCACUGCUGGUUACUUCCUGACCGGCGCGGGGUACGAGGACGUCGCCGUGCUGUCGGUGCUGGGCUUCUCGCCCGAGGGUGACUUCGACAUCCUCGAGUACGUGGUGAAUUUCCAGAAGCUGACGGAGAACUUCCUGGCCAUGUCCAAGCAGGCGGGCAAGAAGCGUCUCGUCGUUGACGUGACGGGCAACGGGGGCGGCCUCGUGGCGGCUGGCUUUGAGCUGUACUCCCAGCUGUUCCCGAACACGCCGCUGUUCCAGGCCAACAACAUGCGCCUGACAGACAGCAUGGAGCAAAUGGCCAAGAUCGCUUCAUCCGUGCAGAAUGAGAUCCUGGCGCUGGACCUGAACACCCUGACCCCGCAGAACGCGACGCAGAGGCAGCUCGCCCUUGCGGCGCUGUCGCAGAGCAGCGUCGUCAGCAACCUCAUCCCAGGCGGUGUGUUCUCUGCCGGUGGUCAGGUGAACUUCACGUCGACAGAUGAGAUCAUCAACCCGGUGACCAUCAAAGGCGACCGGUUCACGUCGUACAUUAGCACGCCGCUGAACGACACGGCGUCGGACUUCAACCUCACCGGCACUGGCAACCGGGCCAACCCCCCACCGGCGGUGUUCGACCCGAACAACGUGGUGAUCCUGACGGACGGCACCUGCGGCUCGACGUGCACGCUCUUCUCGUACCUCAUGAUCAUGCAGCAGAACGUCAAGACCGUCGUCGUGGGCGGCCGGCCCACCACGGGGCCGAUGCAGUCGAUCGCGGGCGUGGAGGGCGCGCAGGUGUUCCCACUCAACGACCUCCAACAGGCGGCGGCGGCGGCGGUGUUCGUGGCGCCGCCGGAGCAGCAGCAGCAGCUGAGCCAGUCGGAGCUCGGGAUCAUCGCCGAGGGCUACAUCCUGGACCGGUCGGCGACGCCAAGCAACGGGGGCGCGAUCAACGGCAAGAACGCCUUCUCGCACACGGACGCGCAGACGCCGCUACAGUUCCUGAUGCAGCCGGCGCAGUGCCGCUUCUUCUACACCAAGGAGAUGAUCUACGGGCCCGAGGCGGUGUGGAAGCGCGCCGUGGACGCGACGUUCAAGGACCCGCAGGGCCUGUGCGUCGAGGGCAGCGUCACGCCGACCAUGGGCGUGCAGAACGUCACCAAUGACUUCUUCACGAACCUGCCCGUCGGCGGCUCGAGGGCGGAGGGGGCCAACCAGCCGGGGAAGAGCUCGGGAGUCCGCUCCGCGGCGGAGAGGAGUGGGCUGGCAGUUGCGGUCGCGGCGUUGGCCAGCGUGGCGUUCCUGGUUUAA